CUUCAGCUGAACAACGUGGAGAUGCUGUGGCGCUGCUUCGCCGUCUGUCUGCUGCUGGUGGUGGCAGCGAGUGCUGUCCCGCUGGAGCUGUCGGGUCUGGCCGACGAGGAGGAGGCGGUGCAGCCAGUGGACGCUGGAGAGCCUGACCCUGCGGGAGCAGAGGAAUCGGGCGAGGCCUCUGGCGAGGCGGCGGGUGGCGCCUCCUCAGAGAUCGCCAGCUUCCUCACCGAGAGCCUCACGGAGCUGGGACACAUGUUCUUCGGCACGCCCAGCAACGAGACAGGUAAGAAGGUGUCGUCGUGGAGCAGCGAGAGCGGACACAACCCAGAAGAGGUGGGCGAGUACUUCCAGGGCGACAUCAUCCAGCCCAUGUCGAGGAACGGCAUCCGGGCCAAGGGCGCCCGCUGGCCGCAUGGCGUUGUCCACUACCAGAUCAGCCCCGGCUUCAGUGAUGAAGCAAUGGCGAACAUCAAGGGCGCGAUGCGCGCCUACCACAAGCUGACGUGCGUUCGCUUCCGGCCGUACACGGGGCGCGAGACGGACUACAUCUACAUCACGCACGGCAACACGGGCUGCUGGUCGAGCGUGGGGCGGCUGGGCGGAGCGCAGGAGGUCAACCUGCAGGACCCGGGCUGCACCGGCACGCUGGGCACGCCGGCGCACGAGCUCAUGCACGCGCUCGGCUUCCUGCACGAGCAGAACCGCUACGAGCGCGACAAGUACGUCACCAUCAACUGGCAGAACAUCGAGCCAGGUCGCGAGCUGAACUUCAAGAAGUCGACGAAAGAGGAAACCUUCGCUUAUGGAGUGAAGUACGACUACAACAGUGUCAUGCACUAUUCUGCGAAUGCCUUCUCCAUCAAUGGGCAGCCCACGAUCGUGCCAGCAGAGAGCAAGGCGAAGCUGGGUCAGCGUAAAGGUCUGAGCAAGGGCGACCUACGUAAGAUCAACGGCAUGUACAAGAAGGAGUGUCAGAAGCGCAAGUCAUCCAAGGCUUAAUCUGGGGAAAACUUCUACGUGCGGGCAACUGGGUCCGUUCCAUUCCACGUGGAUCAUCUGAGCAGCCCAACAGCCUUUCAAGCUGUUGUCUCGUCGGCGUUAAAGACUGCGCCUUCACGUCGCAUAUUAUGUUAGAUGUCUCUCUAAUCAUUUUGUUGCUUUCCAGACUGUUAGGGGAUACACAUAAAUGGAACAGUUGCAGUACAGUGUAAUCACAUCUGUAACUGUCUCUAAAACAGAGCAGACGCCUUUACCACAUUAUCUUUGCGUUUUGUGACAGUGUUACCUAUGUGAGAAAACUAUAAAACGAAGUUCGAAUAAUUGACUGCAGCGAGUGUGCAGAAUGCUUGAGACUGUUACUCACCACAAGCAUUUAAACGAGACAUAUUUACACAACAUGGAUGUGUUACUGAUCGUUGUGAUUCUUCGGUAGGGCCUGUCACGUUCGUUGAAAUAUCAGUUAAUUUGCAUCUAUCUUAUUAUUUUUUUUAUUUUGCGUUUCAAGGAUUGAUACCGGGUGAAUCGACUGCGAAAUGGCUCAAUGAGUUUCGUGAGAGGCGAGACGCAAGUCCACAUCAUUGUUGGUCCAUAAUGUGUGUGUUAUAAUUAAUCUACUUUGUAUAAAACAUCUACAGCUUAUCUUAC